CACACAGCGCUGCCAACGGAAAAUGGAAAAAGUAAAAUUUUCUCCAUAAUAACUACGCACGCGUCCCCAAUCUCUCUCUUGUGUGUUCUCGUUUCCUCUCUCUCACUCUCAACUCGUAAUGCUGAAAUCAUGGCAUUGUUUCUGAUCAGCUCGAGGAAGACAGUUCAUCAGCUAGUGACUUUAUCUCAUCGUUAUUACAGCAGCUGUUCCAAAAUGAAGAGAGGAUUAUUACUGGGAGUUUACGAAGGAGAUAAUGGUAGUGACGUUGUCCUAACUCCAGCAGCUGCUAAAUAUAAUGAACUCGUCAACGGUAAAUUGGUUACAAACAUAAACCUUGCUGGACCAAAAAUAAAAAAGAGCAAAACUCACGUUUUCUGGGGCCUUGAAAAUGCACAGCACGCUUGCGUUGCCGUAGUAGGACUUGGCAAGAAAAAUGUCGGAAUCAACGUGUUGGAAGAGAUUGAUGAAGCUAAAGAAAACAUUCGUACGGCUGUUGCUGCUGGAUGCGGUGCCCUUGAGAAUGUUGACGUUAAAGAAAUUGACGUCGAGCCGAUGGGAGAUGCUGAGGCCGCUGCUGAAGGCUCGCUUCUCGCUUCCUGGAUUUUUCAGGAGUUCAAGAACAAAUCUAAGCAGAAAGUUUUGCCCAAUGUUUCAUUGUACGGUUCUGAUCAAGCAGACAGCUGGGAGGUCGGUAAAAUAAAAGCACAAGCUCAGAAUUGGGCACGUCGGUUAGCUGACACGCCUGCGAAUUUAAUGACCCCAACGAUCUUCAGCGACACUGUUGCCAGCACCCUCCGUUCGCUUAUCAAUGUCCAGGUUAUUAUUCAUGACAAGCAAUGGGCUGAAGAUAAAAAAAUGGGAUCAUUUUUAAGCGUGUCUCGCGGUAGCGUUCAAGAGCCCAAGUUUUUGGAGAUCCAUUAUAAGGGAGCGAAUGAUGUUACCGAAUCUCCCAUUGCUUUAGUUGGCAAAGGAGUUACUUUUGAUGCUGGUGGUAUCAGUCUUAAGUCCCCAGGUAAUAUGGAUGAAAUGCGCGCGGACAUGGGAGGAGCCGCAUGUGUAGUAGCUUCAAUAAAAGCAGCUGCGGAAUUAAAAUUAAAAGCAAACAUCGUCGGAUUGAUUCCACUGACGGAAAAUUUACCGUCCGGCUCGGCGACCAAACCCGGAGACUUGGUCAUUGCGAUGAACGGUAAGACGAUUAUCGUCGACAACACUGAUGCCGAGGGCCGACUUAUUCUGGCUGAUGCACUCUGCUACGCUGCUGAAUUCAAACCAAAGCUUACGCUGGACAUCGCUACCCUCACUGGUGCUAUGGGAGUCGCUCUGGGAGCCGCGGCUACUGGAGUUUUCUCAACUGAUACCACUUACUGGGAGGCAUUGAAAACUGCUGGUACUUUCACUGGCGAUCGUGUUUGGAGAAUGCCUUUGUGGCAACACUACAACAAUAAAAUGACAAAACCAGUUAAAGCUGCAGAUGUCAACAACAUGGCUAAAGUUAAAGGCGGUGGUGCCUGCUCAGCGGCUGGAUUUUUGCGCGAAUUCGCAAGUGACGCAUGUCCAUGGAUGCACUUGGACAUUGCUGGUGUCAUGAGUUCAAACAACGACGACCUUAAUUACUUGCAUGGCGGAAUGAACUCGCUUCAACAAUGUAUGAAUAUAUUAACCAAAGAAGAAGGACUGACCAAUAAUAGUAUCGGAAGCAGCUUAGCCGUCGACAAGGAAGAAGCCAAAGCAGAAGUUGAACAAGUCGUUUCUCGCUUCAUUGAUCUCGCCCGGCAAACAGAAGCAUUUUUUCUCCAAAAGCGUUUUCUAUUAUCAGCAUUGAAACCAGAGCUGCUCGUAAAAGAAGACAUCAGUGAACUGCGUCAGGAGUUAGCUCGAAAAGAUGAACUCAUCAAGAGACACUACGAUAAGAUAGCGACUUGGCAGCACUUGCUCGCUGAUUUACAAGGUUGGGACAAAUCACUAGCCCAAGGAUCUGCUCCUAAUGGCAAGUUCAACCAGGAGGUGCGGUGCCUCCAGGACUGCAGGGAGUUAACGUGA